AAGUUCUCGGUUCAUUUGGGGGUGUGGAUGGCGAAGUGCGAUCAUGGCAGACCACAUCCAUUAUGGCGAUCUCUCCGGUGCCCUGGGCAGUGCCGGAGAAGACCGUGAUGCCUUCACGGGAUCCAACAUCCACGUCCCAUCCGAUGCGGACAUCGUGGCGGGGCAUGCAGAUGACAUGGCGCGAGCCAGGUUACAGCAUGAGGAGGCCGUGAGAGCCUUUGAGCAGAAGCGCUCGCAACGAGAGAUGGCCGUUCCAACAGGUGAUGCCCAAGUGAAAGCAAAGCUGCGCGAAUUUGGCGAGCCAGCCUGCAUCUUCGGUGAAGGUCCCUAUGAACGACGAGAUCGUUUGCGCACCAUCAUGGCCGGGCGUACGGCGCCCACCUUGGAUGCCAAGCGACAGGAAUCCACCGGUGAUGAGGACCUGUUUUACACCGAAGGUGUGGAAGAGCUGUUGGAAGCGAGGGUAAAGAUUGCUGAAUGGUCGCUUCCCCGGGCAAACCAGCGCUUGGUGAAGGAGCGCCGGCAGCGUUUUGACCAGGAUCCGGUGGAACAAGAGGAGCGCAUCGAUCGCUUCUGCAUGUUCCUGCAGAAAUCCAUGGUGGCAGAAGUCUCCCAGGUGGGUGAUGAACGCCCCUUGACGCAGGGCAAGUUCUCUCCUGAUGCGCAGCUGUUUUGCACCUCCAGUUGGUCCGGCUUCAUCAAGCUUUGGAAGACGCCAUCCUGUGAUCCGGUGCUCACCAUUCGUGGACACGAAGAUAGGUGCAACAGCAUUGCAUGGCAUCCGCAGUGCAAGGGAACUCCACCCUUUGAGGGUAACACCGUUCGCUUGGCGUCGGGAUCAGCGGAUUCCAGGAUCAACCUUUGGUCUCUCUCAGAUAGCCAACCUGUGAACGUGCUUGAGGGGCACGAGGAUCGAGUCAAUAGAAUUGCGUUCCAUCCCAUGGGCGAACACCUCAUCUCCACCUCUCAUGAUAUGAGUUGGCGGUUGUGGGACGUGGAAACCACCACGGAGUUGUUGCUGCAGGAAGGUCACUCAAGACCAGUUUAUGGAUGUUCGGUUCACCCGGACGGCUCCCUGGUCGCCACCUCCGACCUGGGUGGAGUGGUGCGAGUGUGGGACUUGCGCAGUGGCAAGACGGUCAUGCCACUGGCAGCCCACGGGAAGCAGGUCAUGGCGGUGGAUUUCCACCCACGUGGCACGGUGCUUGCCACUGCCAGCGACGACCACAGCGUGAGGAUCUGGGACUUGCGCAAGAGGAGGUGUACUCAUAACUUGCUGCUGCACAACAAGCUGAUCUCCGAGGUGAGCUUUGAAAGAGGUGAGGGACGCCUCAUGUUGACUUCCAGCUACGACGGUACCGUGAAGAUUUGCUCCACCACCGAUUGGAAGGUCGUUAAGGUGCUGAUCGGCCACGAAGGUCGUGUCAUGGGAGCCGAUCACAUCCCUGCGGCUGUGGGUGGCCAUCACUACAUCGGAUCGGUGGCCUUCGAUCGCACCUUGAAGUUCUGGUCCACCCAGGGGAAGGCUGAACCUCCUGUGGACGCCACUGCCUUCAUGACCUGAGGGAGCAAAACUUGCGAUGGUUUGGGGGAAAAAUGUUAC